AUGUCAUCUCCCGAGCCCAUCCCCCCGCCCAAUGACCGGCGAAGCUCUAGGGCCUCGUCGGCGGGCAUGGACACGGCAGACGGCAUCCUACCGGUCGGUGGCCCUCCCAACGACCCUUCACCACUCCAAAUCCGUGCAUCAAACUCAUUGAACUCGAAGAACCGCCGCUCCACCAUCGCAAAGCAGCCGCCCGACCUGCACCUCCUCGAAUACGUCUCGCAGCCCGACAGCAACCUCGUCUGCCUCAUCUGCCACUCGCCUUUCGACCGCCCCGUUCAGCUCUUCUGCGGCCACUUCUUCUGCCGCGAAUGCCUCGACCAUGCGUGGUGCGCGCAGCAAGAGGGCCGCAAGACGUGUCCGACGUGCAGGAGCAGGGUGGAUCCCGAGAAGGACGUGCGGCCUGUGCCCAAGAUCAUCGAGACGAUGCUGGAUGAGCUGGUGGUCAAGUGUCCGAAUGCGAAGUCGGGAUGCGGUUGGGUCGAGCAGCGUGUCAAUGUGAACGACCAUGUCAUGCUGUACUGCGAGUACACGCUCGUGGAAUGCGCGCAGCACGACUGCCGGUUGCACAUCUCGCAGAAGGAGUUCCACAAGGGCUGCUUGCACUAUACCGUGAGCUGUGAGGAUUGUCACACCUCGAUGAUGAAGAAGGAUCUGGAGGACCACCAGCGGACGGCCUGCGCAAAUCGCUCGACGAACUGUCUUCACUGCGAUGCCAGCCUCCUGCGGCUCGAUCUCAAGACGCAUAUCAAAGAUGCCUGCGGCAAGGUCAUCACCCCGUGUCAGGGCACGAUAGUCGGCUGCACCUUCACCGCAGAGCGAGCGCAGACGAACCUCCACGAGAAGAGCUGCCCAAUGGCCACGAUGGCGCCUCACUUCCGCGACCAACAAGCCCGCAUCGAGCGAAACGAGGCCCGCCUAGAACCCUUGACCCGCAAAGUUGGCAUCCUGGAAGACGGCCUCUCCAGCAUCACAAACAUGCUCUACCCCGCCAACGACUCUGCCUCCACCUUCCCCGUCACCAACCCCUGGAUCCCAACAUCUCCUACUCCUUCCCCCUCGAAUCUCGUCCCCACCCCGACUUCCGCCUCCCGCCCGCCUCGUUCCCACCCGUACCCCAAGACGCAUCGCAGCCCCUUCACCAACCCCAGCCACCCCUUCGACUCCCAAGUGCACCACCUCCUCACCCUCCACGAGUCCCUCCGCGACGAAGUCAACCGCAUCGCCAACGCGCUCACCGACCUCGAAGGCCGCACAAACAUGAUGGUCAUGAACGAGAGCCAGCGCACAAAGGACGACAUGCUGCACACGAACGCGGCGAUCAACGGGAUGCGCCACCAGCUGCACUGGCUGAUCAGCGCGACGCUGCAGCAGCGCAACUCGACGCGGACGGCGGCGAACGCGGCGAGCGGGAGUACGAGUGGUGCACGGCAGGGGGGGAGUGCGGCGAGACAGGGGCCGAGCGCGGGGUUCCAUGCGCCGUUGAGGAGGUUGAGCGAUUCGACGAGGCAGGAUACGAAGCUUUGA